AUGUGGCCCCAACCCCGCCUCCCUCCCCACCCUGCGAUGGCAGGAGAAACUCGACAGAGCAUAUUGGCUGAGGCCAAGAGAAAGUUUAAAGAAUAUUGGCAGAGAAACAGCCCUGGUGGUCCAGCAGGAGCGAAGAACAGGGAAACAAAUGGCAGUGUCCCUGAGACAGCCACUUCUGGUGGUUGCCACUCACCUGGGGAUUCAGCAACGGGUAUCCUCGGGGAUGGCCCUACGUCAUCAGCACCCCUCAAGGAUCUGGAGAGCUCCUGCCAAGAACUACCAGCAGCCCUGGACUCGAGGUCCGUGAAAAUCAGUCAACUGAAGAAGACCAUCAAAUCUUUGGAACAACAGAAGAAACAAAUGGAACAUCAGCUGGAAGAAGAAAAGAAAGCAAACAUCGAGAAACAAAAAACUGAAAGGGAGCUAGAGGUUCGAGUCCAGAGAUUGAAUAGACAGAUAAAGAAACUAAGUACAGACCUGUAUCAUACGGAACGUUCUCUCAGAUACUUUGAAGAGGAGUCCAAGGAUCUGGCUGGCCGCCUGCAACAUACAGUGCAGUGUAUAGGAGAGUUAGAGCGGGCUCUCUCUGCUGUCCCCGCCACACAGGAGGAGAAGGAGAUCAGUUUCUCAAGCUGCAGUCAAACACUUAUUGAGUGGCAGUUAGAGCAGUCCAUACAGGAGAAGGCACGGCUGAGCAAACGCCUGACACGGAUGAGGAAGUCUCUUAAACAAGCCCAGCUAGAGACAGAUGAAUAUGCUCAACAUCUAAAAGGAGAGAGGGCCCGGUGGCAGCAGAAGAUGAGAAAAAUGUGGCAGGAGGUUUGCACCUUGAAGAAAGACAAGAAGGAUGGUAUGCAUCGGGUGGAGGAGCUGGAGAGGCGCUUGUCCACACUCAAAAACCAGAUGGCUGAAUCCCUGCCCCCGGAGCCCC